UUUGAAUACCCGCUGCUUCAUCAAGAUCGGUUUUUCAACAUAGGUGUAUAUACCGAGAGAGAGAGAGAGUGAUACAAGCAUCCAAAAAGUCAUACAAAGAGACCUUCAAAAGUCAUCACCUUAAAUUCCUAACACACAUAUGUAUGCCUUGAUUGAUCUUUUGUCAAAGGACUCCAACAAGGAACCACCCAAAAAAAACACGACACCCCAAAACAGCCAAAUAGCUAGAGAACAAGAUGAGAUCAAGCACCAACAGCUCUGAAAAUUCCAAGACUUGCCCAUCUAACAGUUGCAAGACAAUCAAGAAAGAAGAAGAAGAUAAGGAUAUCGACGAUGAAGGAGAUCAAGAAGAAGCAAAGACUAGAGGAGAUCAUCAGAGCUCGUCAAGCAAUAGCUAUGUCGAGGAAUGUCCGGGUCAUCAUCAAAUCAAGAAAAAUGGUGGAUCCGUUAGACCCUACAACCGGUCCAAGACCCCGAGGCUGCGAUGGACCCCCGAGCUCCAUCGUUGCUUUCUUCAAGCUGUGGAGAGAUUGGGAGGCCAAGAUAGGGCAACACCAAAGUUGGUUCUUCAAACGAUGAACGUCAAAGGACUUAGCAUAGCCCAUGUCAAGAGCCAUCUUCAGAUGUACAGAAGCAAGAAGGCCGAUGAACCUAAUCAAGGACAACAAGGAUUUUCAUUUGAAACCGGAACUGGUUAUACUUGCAGCCUUAGCCAAGUUCCAAUGUUACAAAGUUUCGAUCAAAGGCCUUCUACUAGCUUAGGAUACGAUGACCCUUCAUGGUCCGACCAUGGACCGCUGAUCAAUUGUAACCCCUGGAGAGGCCUAACCACGAGAGACGGUGCAAGAUCGGGACAACCAUUGUUCAUCUCACUGAACGAGAGAUUUCAUCGAAGCAGCAAUAUGGGCACGUUUGGCAUUGGAUCUCACUCGAGUAGUAAGAAGACGACCUUUAAUUUAAACAAUGAAGAAGUUGAAGCCUUCCAAAGAAGCCAUAGAAGAACUCUUGAAGAUCUGAAAAUUUUUAAUGGAUCGUGGGUACGGAGCCUAUGUGAUCCAUCAUCCACAGAAAAAUGGAUAGACGUUUCAACACAUCGUGGUAAGAUCGCAACAUCUAACUCCGUUCGAGUGGCCGAAGGGUCGGGAAUCGUCUUGAAGAGGAAAAGAUUGUUUUUGUUCGAGGAUUGUGAUCACAAUAAGUCGUGUCAAGAUUUGGAUCUAAGCUUGUCCCUUAAGGCAACUCCUCAAACCUAUGCCAAUGUUGGACUAAAGGGAAAGGGAUGCUUAUUGUUCGGAGAUGAACAUGGACAAGAUCAUCAAGACUGUAAGAGCUUGUCUCUUUCGUUGUCUUCCUCUAGUUCAUCGAGGCUCAGUCUAUCAACGCCGACAAAGGAGGAUGAUCUUCGAGAUCAUAAUAGAAAGAGAAAGAUUUCGGUUUCGGCAAGUACCCUUGAUCUGACUUUAUGAAUAUAUAUAUUAUAUAUAUAUAUAUACACACGUUCAUAUAUAUAUAUAUGUAUGUAUGUAUUCUAAGUGAGAUCUUGAGGUACUUGUUGAUGUAAGAGAGCGUUGUAUUGUAGCAUUCAUUUGACAAGAUCAAUAAGGUAAUAAAGCUAUAUAGAGACAUUUUCGAUGGUAAAUAGAAAGUACUCCAUGUAUUUA